GCUAGAUAGUAAUUUAAUUCAUAAGAAAUCCAUUACCAAAUGUCAUUCAUUGACUUUGCAGAAUGGAUCAAUACUGCCACACAUGAAACACUUUUCUAAAAACAGCAGUCACUAUGAAGAGUUUAUUGAAUGGACUGACAAUCCAAAUUUCGACAAGAAGUCUGAAAAAUUGAAGAAUCUUACAUCUGGUGUUUUGGAAAACCUACAUUUGCUAAGUGGAGAAGAUAUCAUCAAUAUCAUCAAUCGGCUUUGUCCAAACGGGGAGAAAUCAAAACAAGUUGAGUGCCUAAUAGCUAAAUUGGAUCAAAAGUGUUGUGAACAUUCAAGAAAGUGGGACAAAAGUAUUUACAUUGCAGUAGCUUGGAGCUUUUUCCAGCUAAAAUCUUACAGUGCAUUAAACCUUCAGAAAAAAAUGGUGAUAGAUUUGGCUGGUGUUGUAAAACAAAUGAGUUCUCAAGAACUGGUGAUGUAUCUGGUGAUUCUAAAACAAUUCCGAAGAUUUCCGAGAAAAAUUAAUAAAGUAGACAUAGAGAUUCGACUAAACGAAGUGCUAGAUAAUGUUUCAAUUGAAGAUCUAGGACUGGCCUGUUUAGCGUUUUUUGAGUGCAAUGAAGCUGUCCAGAACACUGAACUUGUUGGGCGGCUAGUAGAAAGGUUACUUAGUGAUGCAACGUCAACGGACGAAAAAACAGUAGGAUCUAUGUUGAAGCUUUUCCGAAGAAGCAGUACGGACUCCGGAAACUUUGCCAAACAAGUCCUUGAUAUUCAGCCAAGACUAUGUGAUCUUGUUCAUCGCUGGAAUUCUAAAGUGCUUAUACAGUUAAUAGCUGUCGGCAGCAACCUAUUGUUUUUUCAUCAUACAACCAUCGAAGAAGUCGCAAAAAAAAUCCUUACAUGCCUGAGCGAAGCCCGACUCAAAGAUCUAGAGAGAUUAGCGAUGGCCAUUGCCAUUUCUUGUCACCAGUCUCCCAGUGUCAGUUACGCCAUUGUAGCGAAUCGAUACCCUGAGCAAUUGAUACGCACUGCGUUAAAUCCAGACUUUGUGGAAAUCGCCAAGAAUUUUUCAGACCAGUCAUCCUAUAACAGUACGAAGCGUGAAUUGCUGCUCGUGAAUUGCUCGCUUAAUCUCGAAAUGCCUGGAUACAACGGGCCAAGAUUGUGCACGGAAGACGUGCAAACAUUUGAAAAGCUUUAUAGGAAACCCAUACCGAAUGAAAAGGGAAAAAAUUUUACUAACCACGAAGCAUUCCUUCUUUUGUUGUUGGACACCGUACGAGAGAUUCUUGGUGAAAAGAAUUCUGCAUCUCUGGUUUACCUCCAGCCUCAUUUUGUCACACCAGAUAUCGUUUUUCAAACGGACGGCCAUGGUGGCAAAAAUACCAUACUGUCGUAUGGCGACUGUAAAGUUCAUCGUUUUGCUUUGAUUGGAGGUUCUAGAAACAUGUAUUCAAGAUUCAGCGAUCAUCCCAUGGGUCCAUUAAGUAUGAAAAUGCGUCAAAUUGAAACCAUGGGUUACCGUGUUAUUGUCAUCCCCUGGUUUGAAUUUCUAAAGAGGAGCAAAAGUGACCGUUUGGCGCUUAUCAGCCAUAGAAUCAGACUUACAAUAAAUAACAGAAAAUUCUGAUAGCAA